AUGCAACAGCAAGAUAAGAAGGGGAAAAAAACCAUCGACAGCGUGUCGCUGCAUCCGUCGGUGCUCGAGCUCGAGGCCGCGAAUCGUCGCUCGGGUCGGCGCAGCACCUUCAACGGCCAGCGACCGAGCAUCUCCUGGCGCACCAAUGCCGGCUUCAAGACUCCCAAGUUCGCCAACAGCUAUCGGCUCGAGCCGAUGCUGCCCUUCGACAAGAGAGUCUCGGACAAGUUCCUCGUCGCCGCCAUGACCGAGUAUCUGCGCGAUCGGGUCUACUGCGCCGACGAGGCGGCCAAGUGGUGCAGCGACAUCGCCAUCCAGGUCAGGGACAAACUCUACAAGACGGACUUCGAUCGCGUCAAGUACUUGGUGACGGUCUCGAUUUACGAGAACGCGGACCAGGGACUGACCUGCGUCCAAGGCAAGAUGUGGGACCCCGAGCGCGAUUAUUGCUCCUUUCACGUGCACGAGGAGCUGUCGUUCUUUGCCGUUGGUAUGGUCGUCGUGACCUAUUACGAGUAAAAGUGAGAGAGACAGAGUAAAAAGAAACG